AUGGGGGCUCUUGAUUAUAUUUCAAACUUUUGCUCCUUUACCAGCACAAGAAGCAAACGCAAACCAAUGCAGACAGUUGAAAUCAAAGUUAAAAUGGACUGUGAUGGCUGUGAAAGAAGAGUCAAACAUGCUGUUUCCUCCAUGAAAGGUGUAAAAACCGUGGAAGUAAAUCGAAAACAAAGCCAGGUAACAGUAAGUGGCUACAUUGAUCCGAACAAGGUGUUAAAGAGAGUGAAAAGCACUGGCAAGACAGCAGAAUUCUGGCCAUACAUCCCUCAACAUCUAGUUUAUUAUCCUUAUGUUUCUGGUGCCUAUGACAAAAGGGCACCCGCCGGCUUUGUUCGAAACGUGGUGCAAGCUUUUCCAACUUCCUCCAAUGUACCGGAGGAGAAUUUCGUUUCGUUCUUCAGCGAUGACAAUGUUCAUUCAUGUUCGAUAAUGUAA